CUUACUGGCUUGCCUCAGCUUUCCAGUCAGCGCAGUCCACCAUAAGCCUGCACUUCCAAGAUGCCUCCACGACCGAUGAAUGAUGAGGAGGUUCUGAGUGAGAUGAAUAAGAUGGUUGCUUUCAUCAAGCAGGAGGCUCUGGAGAAAGCUCGCGAGAUCAAGGUGAAAGCGGACGAGGAGUUUGCUAUUGAAAAGGCAAAGCUCGUGAAGCAAGAACAACAAGCCAUUGACGCACAGUUUGAGAAGAGACGCAAGGGUGCUGAGGUCGCACAGAAGAUCGCACAGUCUAAUUUGACCAAUAAAUCGCGAUUGAAGCUUCUACAGCGUCGUGAGGAGCAACUGCAGGAACUGUUCUCUGUCUCUCGGACAUCGAUUCUGACGUUCGCAGAAGACGAAGGGCGUUACUCUCAGCUACUCGAAGGCGCUGUCGUGCAAGGCUUUCUCCAGCUCAUGGAGCCAAGGGUCAUAUUGCAUGUUCGUGAACAGGAUGCCGAAAUCAUGCAAAAGGCAGGAGAAGCAGCCGCAGAAUCGUAUACUCAGAUCAGCGGCCGCGAGGUGUCUUUUGAGUUGGAGACAACCCUGAGCAAAGAUUGUGCUGGCGGUGUCAAGCUUGUGACCAGCUCACGACGAAUUACAAUCGACAACACACUGGACGAGCGACUGAGACUUCUAGAGGACAAGAUGCUCCCCGAGAUUAGGAGAGACUUGUUUGGGCCGAAUGAGAACAGGAAGUUCUACACAUGAGCGUCUUCGCCAAACGGCAGCCACACACUCCAUACUCGUGCAUCAGCCAACAGUUUAUUCCAGACACGAUAGAAUUACAUUAAUCUCCUUGGCUGCCAAGUAGAAGGUGAAAAUCUACGGAGUUAAGUACUGGCGAGCAGAAUACACGCUAUGAUAGCCGAUUGCAGUGAACAUACCCAAAUACUUUGUGAUGCUCAA